UUCAACAACAACAACACCACGGCUACUGAUUCAACCACCUCUGUAGCCAACAUAAAACCGACCCAUUGCAUCUUUUUAGACACUUUCUUUUGUGUAGCUACAUGAAUAUCAGUGUUUUAAACACAAUUCUGAUAACGUAUGUACUAGUUGAUUUAAACGUAAUUUGCUAUUUAAGAUUGAUACUGAGCCUAGCACUAGGGUAGUCGCUCGUGCUAGCUAGCUAACAUCCCCGACCAUGAGCUCUCAAAGCUACUCCCCGCCUGCUAAAAACGAGGUCUGCUGGACAGAGAAAGAACCUCUGGGGCUGAACAUUGUCGUAAAAGAAGAAGAGGACGAUACAGUAAAAGGAGAGGAAGAAGCUUUCAGAACGAUAAAGGAGAAAGAGGAGCCAAUCACAUUGAAAGAAGAAGAGGGGGUUGUUAUAGUGAACGAAGAGAAAGGACCUUUUGUAGUGAAAGAGGAGGCUGUUAUAGUGAACGAAGAGAAAGGACCUUUUGUAGUGAAAGUGGAGACUCUCACAUUGAAAGAAGAAGAGGAGGAUUGUAUAGUGAAAGAAGAGAAAGAGGAAGAGAUUGCGAUCUCAAUAAAAGAGGAGGAAGGAGAGGAGACUGAAGACACCAAGCCAAGGCAAAAUGCUGUUUCCUGGCCCUCCCAGGGCUCUAUAGUGAAAGAGGACAUCAGAAAGAUACAGGAAGAAUAUAGGUUGGCACCCAUGAGUCCCAGCCAGACUGUUGAUUGUGACGACAAUGCUAUUCACUGCAACAAAGAAUGGGACGUGGAGGACAAGGAUUGGUUUCCUAGCAACCGGCUGGAGGUGGACUCAGCUCCAGGGAGGUACACAACAGAGCAGAGGGAGAGUGGCGACAAGUCUUUCCCACCCCCCUCCCCUCUCCCGGAGUUCCCAGGUCGUGCCUCUCCCGCUAGUUCCUUACUGUGGGGUCUGAAGAGGGUGUCUGUGCGGCUGGUCGAUUGCAGGAAAACACCGGGGCUGAGUGGAACUGCGAGAGAAGGAGAUGAAGAGGAGGAAAAAGGAAAGGGAGAUUCAGAUUCGAUGUCAUCAAGAGAGAGACUAGAGUCUCAAUUGAACAGCGGAAAGUGUACUUCAGGGGAACCAGACCCAGAGACGCCCAAACCAGCGAGACCACACCACUGCUUGCAGUGUGGAAAGAGUUUUACUAAGUUACGGAACCUAAAAGAUCAUGAAAGAAUACACACAGGAGAAAAGCCUUACCACUGCUCCCAAUGUGGAAAGAGUUUUACUCAGUCAGGGCACCUGAAAACGCAUGAGAGGACACACACAGGAGAAAAGCCUUACCCCUGCUCCCAAUGUGGAAAGACUUUUACCCGGUUAGGGCACCUUAAAGACCAUAAGAUAACACACAAAGGGUUGAAGCCUUACCACUGCUUUCAGUGUGGAAAGGGUUUCACCCAGUCAGGGAACCUGAGAGCGCAUGAGAGAAUACACACUGGGAAAAAAACCACACACUGUGUAGAGAGGCCUUUCCAAUGCGCUCAGUGUGGAAAGAGAUUUAUCCGGGCAACACAUCUGAAAGAGCAUAAGAGAACACACACAGGAGAAAAACCAUUCCAAUGUUCUCAGUGUGGAAAGGGUUUUACCUGGUCAUGGACCCUGAAAGACCAUGAAAGAACACACACAGGAGACAAGCCUUUCCAAUGCUUCCAGUGUGGAAAAAGUUUUACCCAUUUAGGGAACCUAAAAAUGCACAAGAGAAUACACACAGGAGAGAAGCCUCACCACUGCUCCGUGUGUGGAAAGAGUUUUACCCAGGGACCGGAAAUCACAUGA